AUGGAUGAAGAAGCUGUCAAAUUCCAAAUCAAUUGCCUAAAUAAUCGAAGCUACAUUAAGAAGACGGUAGCUAAAAUUCUUGCAUAUGUCGCCCUAUGGGAUGUGGUUUCCUCUCUUGCAUACGCCUCUGAUCCCAAUCCUCUUCAAGACUUCUGUGUUGCUGUCAAUGAUUCUAAAGCUGCUGUGUUUGUGAAUGGGAAUUUCUGCCAGGACCCAAAGAUGGCCACGGCUAAUGAUUUUUUCUUCCCCAGGCUCAACAUACCUGGUAACACGUCUAAUAAACUCGUGUUCAUGGUCACGCCUGUAACAGUUGUUCAAAUUGGUGGACUAAACACCCUUGGCAUUUCAAUGGCACGCCUUUGA